AUGGCCAAGAUCAAAUGGCUUCAAACUGGGGAUGCAAACACUGCAUUCUUUCAUGCUUCUAUUAAAGCCAGACAAAACUCUAAAGCUCUCACUAUGUUGACUAAAGAUGAUGGUACUAUCUUGACUUCUCAAUCUGCCAUUGAAGAAGUCUUAGCUUUCUAUGGUAACCUCAUGGGGAAAAAAGAGACUCACCUAGAUCAUAUUGACAUUGCUGCCAUGAGAAGGGGAAGCCAGCUUAAUAGGAACCAAAGAGAUUGCCUCCUUGAACCUGUUUCUACAGAAGAAGUCUAUAGAGCUCUCAAAGGUAUUGAUGAUCAGUCUACUCCUGGCCUAGAUGGCUACAAUUCAAAGUUCUUCAAAAGCACUUGGGAUAUCAUUAAGUAUGAUCUUCUUAAUGCUAUUCAAGAGUUUUUUGAUAAAGGGAAACUCUACAAAGCCUUCAAUUGUACCUUAGUUACUCUUGUCCCUAAAAGUCAGUCUGCAAAGAGUGUCAAAGACUUCAGGCCCAUUUCUGUAUGUACUACCUUUUACAAAAUCAUUUCAAGGAUCCUCACAUCCAGGCUAAGUCCUGUCAUUGCUAGUCUUGUCAGCCCAAAUCAAGCUGCCUUCAUACCAGGGCAGCAGAUCCAUAACAAUCUAUUGCUAGCCUAUGAAUUAAUUAAAGGUUACAGUAGAAGUAGGGGGCCUCCUAGAUGCAUGAUUCAAGUUGAUAUGCAAAAAGCAUACGAUAUGAUUGAUUGGAAUGCUUUGGAAACCAUUAUGCAAGAAAUGGGGAUUCCUUGUAAGUUUAUCAACUGGAUCCUUGUUACCCUAACCACUGUCUCUUACAGGUUCAACAUAAAUGGUAAUCUUUCUCAACUUCUCCUAGCAAAAAGAGGUAUUAGGGGUGAUGUGAGCUCUGUUGACUUGCUGCUCAAGGAAUUUCAUAGCUUCCCGGGUUCAACUGGUAUGAAGAUUUUGAAUUUAUCCAUGUUUAAAGAAGGUUCCCUCCCCUUUAGAUACCUAGGGAUGCCUCUUACAAGUAAAAAGCUGUCAGUCACUCAUUACAUGGUUCUUAUUGAUAAGAUAGUUGCUAGAAUCAGUCACUGGUCUUCUAAGCUCCUAACCUAUGCAGGUAGACUUGUGCUUAUCAAAAGCAUAUCUUUUUCUAUGACUAACUAUUGGAUGCUUUGUUUCCCCCUUCCCAAAUCUGUAAUUAGGAAGAUUGAUUCCAUCUGCAGAUCUUUCCUUUGGACUGGCAAAGAUGUUGUGUCCCGCAAGAGCCUAGUUGCUUGGGCUGAGAAUGAUUGCACUAUGUUGAAGCUUUUGUGGAAUCUUUGCAACAAAGCUGAUAGUCUAUGGGUUAAGUGGAUAAAUUCCUAUUAUCUUAAGAGGCAUACGAUUAUGGAGCUGAAGAGUAAGCCGACUCAUUCUUGGAUAAGGCGCGCCAUUUUGAAUCAAAGGGACUGCAUUCAUAAAUACCAAACCAUUUGGGAAGACAUGAACACGAGGCAGAGAUUUAAGUGUAAUGAGUUCUAUAAAGUUUUCCAGGAUUCUCCCCCAGUUUCUUGGAGUCAGCUUCUUUUGUUUAAUCCUGCUUCUCCUCGUGCUGUGUUUAUUUUUUGGCUAGUGUGUCAUAGAAAAAUCCCUACAAAGAGCAGACUGUGUAGAUUUGGAUUGAUUAAUGACAACAAAUGUGGCUUUUGUGAUAAGGAGGAGACUGCAAGUCAUCUGUUUUUCGAGUGUGAUGAAAUCAGGAGCAUUUGGAAUUCAGUUCUUCAUUGGUUGAACAUUCAUCAUUCUCCUAAAAGAUGGGAAGAAGAGAUUGUUUGGAUUCAAAGGCAAGGAAAAGGUAAAGGAUGGAGGGCAAAACUCUUCAGACUUGCCAUUACUGAAACAAUAUAUGGGGCCUGGGUUUACCGAAAUGGCAAUUGUUUUGGCAAGGCCAUGCACAGAGAUAAAGUCUUGGAGCAUAUUAUGGAUAAAAUUGUUUUUAGAAGCUGGGGGUGCAAAGACUUAAAAGGCAACAUUGUGAAUUAUAUGGCUUUUUAA